AUGGAUUUAGACGCACUGCAGGUCUUCCAGAGUGAACUCACCUGCUCCAUCUGCAUGAACUGCUUCCUGGACCCCGUCACCAUAGACUGUGGGCACAGCUUCUGCCGUCCCUGUCUGAGCCUUUGCUGGGAAGAAGGCCAGACUCCAAGGAGCUGCCCUGAGUGCAGGGGAAUAUCAGAGAGGCCCCAUUUCAAAACCAAUAUUGUCCUCAAGAGGCUGGCUUCCCUUGCCAGACAGGCCAGAGCUGACCACGACCACCGCUCUGAGGAGCAGAUCUGUGAGACACACCAGGAAGCCAGAGGCCUCUUCUGUGAGGCUGACCAGACCCUGCUCUGCGGGCCCUGCUCUGAACGCCCCGAGCACACAGCUCACAGCCACAGUCCCAUACACAGGGCUGCUGAGGAGUCCCGGGAGAAACUCCUGAAGAGAAUGAGCUCUUUAUGGAAAAUGAGAGAAGAAAUGCAAAUCAGCCUGAAUCAGGAAGCUAACACAACUCAGUCCUUUGAGGACUACGUGGCCUUAAGGAAGGUGAUGAUCAAGCUUGAGUAUCAGAGGAUGCUUCUAUUGCUCCGGGAGGAGGAGCAACUGCAUCUGGAAGCCCUGGAGAGAGAAGCCAAGGAGAUUUGUGAACAACUCAAGGAGAGUGUGUUCCGAAUGACUCAACAGAGAAAAACUCUGAAAGAAAUGUACAGAGAGAUGAUGGAGAUGUGCCACAAGCCGGACGUGGAGUUGCUCCAGGGCUUGGACGAUGUGCUGGAAAUGAGUGAAUCAGCACAGCUUCACAUGCCUCAGCCCCUGGUCCCUGAGCUCCUUGCACGACCCAUGUCCGGGCUGCUGGACUGGCUCAACCGCUUCCGAGUUACCUUUUCAUUCAAUAAUGAAGUAAGCAGUCAGCACAUCAGGCUGUUCAAUGAUGCAAGACGUCUGACAUAUGAACAUGCCAGGCUCCAUGCAUCUUUAGAUGGUGGAACAUCCAAGUAUUUUGCUGCCUGGGGAGACCAGAGCUUCACCUCUGGCAAACAGUACUGGGAGAUGCUCAUGGACAGCUCUUGGGACUGGGCUGUAGGCAUCUGUAAGGAUUCCUGGAUAAGGAAGGAUGAUGGCAUACUGGAUGAGUCCAACAGGGACAACUUUCUUCUUGUGUGUGUGAAGCAGGAUGACCAUUACCAACUCUGGACCACCGCCCCCACCACGCCUCUGUACAUAGAGAGACCUCAGGGCAGGGUUGGGGUGUUCCUUGAUUGUGACAGUGGGAGUAUAAGUUUUGUGGAUGUUGCCAAGCGCACCCUCCUUUGGAGAUACGAUGAUGGCGUGUGCACUUUCCCUGUCAGGCCCUUCAUCUGCACUGGCCACAGGUGA